CAGUGCGCAGGCGCGGGGCUGAGGCGAGCGGGUCGCGGUGGGAGAGCGUGAGCUGCUGCAGACGCCCCCCCCCCCCCCCCCACCCCCCUACACUCCGGUGUCGGUGCCGCUGCGCGCGACCCCGGCCGCCAUGCGCGUGCCGCUGGCCCUGCUGGCGCUGGCGGCGCUGCUGGCUGCCCGACGGGCCGCGGCCUCCCACCGGGAUCGGCCGCCCGCAGUGCCUUCACCAACAGAGAUUGUAGUAACAUCUGAAAAUUUCAAAACUGUCUUGCAUUGGCAGUACCCAAAUAUGUCUGAAACUCCUAAUUUUAUUGUGGAAAUCAAACCUUACAAUUUAGGUUACUAUAAGAUCGUCUCAACUUGUGUGAACAUUUCAGCUCAUUUUUGUGAUCUCUCAACGGAAAUAAAUGAUCUUUUUGCCUCUCACUGGCUUCGAGUUAAAGCUGUUGUUGGGUCACAGCAGUCUGAGUAUGUUGAGACAAAUGAGUUUAUUUUGCAAAAGCAUGGAAAAGUAGGACCACCAAAACUGAAUCUCUCAAGGCAUGGUGAUAAAAUCACAGUUGGUAUUUACCAUCCUGAAUUUCCAUCUGUGGACUAUCUUCCUUGGAUCAAAGACCUUUAUUCAGAGCUUAAGUAUUUGGUGACUUUUCGGGAUCAUAAAAAUCUGACUAAAGAAGAUUUCCCUGAAGAAGACAACUGUACGAUGUAUAAAUGUAUCCUCAACAUCCCAGUUCCUGUGGAAGGCUCCACUUACUGUGUUUCAGCAAAGGGAAGCUUGUAUGAUGGUCUGAUCCUUGGCAUCCCAUCAGAAGAAAGCUGCAUUCAUGUUCCUGUCAAUCAGACAUUGAGCACACAAUAUAUCAUCAUUCCAUGUGGUAUUAUUCUGGGCCUGGCUUUAAUGUUUGCAGUAUGUUAUGGUUGCAAGAAACUAAGGAAGAAGAACAUAAAGCUGCCUAAGUCUUUGGUCAGUGUGAUAAGAAACCUGAACGCAGACAGCAUUCUAGAAUCAAAAUCGGAGCCAAAAUACAUAUCUGUAAUAAGCGUCACGCCAGGCCAGCCGGCGUUGGCAGGGAAUGAUGAAGUAACCUCGCUGGAGGUAGAGUCAAAAGAAGAAACCGUUAGUCCUGAGAAUUCCAGUGAAAGAUCUUCUUCUGUUCCUCCCUUGGAGGCACCAGGCAAAGCAGAAGAGGUGCCUGUGCAGGAAAGCAGAGAGGAGGUAUCUUAUGAUGAUGAACUGAAUUGCAAAGUGAGAGAGAGUUACUUCAUUUCUGAUAAUAGCCAAAUGGAUAUAUGUAGUAACUCUGCAGGUCCAGAGGUUUCUGCCACAGAAAUACAGCAAACAGUUAUUCCAAGCAGCUGUCUCAAGUUUUCUGGCUAUGACAAGCCUCACGUGCCAUUAGAUAUGUUAAUAGAUGUUGGUGAAGAACAGCCUGUGAUUGCUUACAGACCAACUGACUAACCAGGAUAGAUGAAGUAUUUAACCAGAACUCAGGAAGAACAGCAUUACUGAAGAUUAUGGAAAGGCUGGGUUAUAUUAUGAACAUCUAAAAGUUGUGCUUGCUCUGAUCCAACCAAAGUAACCACUAUACAGCUUAUUACAGUGGGAUCCUGAAAUGGGACUGAAAGUAGUGCCUGCGAACAGCAUAAAAAGUGGGGGGAAAUUUCAUGAUAACCACUUUUAGAAGCAGUUGUAUAUAAGACAUAAUUCACUACUUCCUAUUUGAAAUCCCAGUCAGGUUUUUUUAACAGUACUCUAUGGAGAACAGAUUUCAUGAAGGAGUAUAACAGCAGUUGUAUCAUUAUUCCCUUUUGUUUCACAUCCUUUUCAAAAUUAAUUCAAUGAACAUAAUGCUUAAGUCUUUCACUUGGCUACAGUAGAGGUGUGCAAGAAAUAUUUGAGUUUUUGCCUUUAUUGGAGGUAUUGUCUUGCUUGUCUUUUUCUGCUGAAAGUAUUUUUGUAUUAAAUGAAAUGCUACUGUUUCUUUUAGUUAACAAUAUGCCUAUAACCUUUUCCUGUGUAUCUUAAGAAUUUGAUGCCAUGGCCAAACCCCACUUAUAGCCUUUUCUGCAGAUAGAAGUAUGUAGAUCCAGGAUCAUUACUUUUCAUUUCAGCAAGUAAACGAUAGACUUUUUUUCUUUGUAACAUUAAGUUCUGUGGCUAAAAAAAAAAAAAUCUAUUUUAAAAAGUGCUGUUAUUUGUAUAUAACUGUGUCCAUUUGGGUCACCUAGAUGUGUUGUGUAACCAUGUUGCAUUCUGGAUAAUUUCUGUAUUAGCAUGAUAGCUGAUCACCAUUGGAAAAAAAAAAACCAUGUAAUGGGCGGUUGCACAAAUUCUUUAGAAAGUGCUUUCAAAAUUCAAAAGCCUGCUUUCCUCCAGAUCAUUUUUAUCCUAAUUCUUAGAAUGAUAUGAUUUUUUUAAUAGACAUCAACAGGACUUCUUCCAAAUAUAUUUUCUAGCAGGUUGAAAAUUGCUACUAUUUUUCCCCUUUUUAUGACAUAACGGAGGAACUACACAAAAUUACCUCCCUCUAAAAAUCAUUUCAAGACAGUUGUAGUGUGGUAAGUUGUAGUACGUAAGUUAUUGUCAUCUGACAGCCCUCUGAAUGUUGUAGGAUGAGGCUGUAGUUUUGAAAAAUGAAGGAUGAGGAUUUUUUUUUUUUACAGUUAAAAACUUUUAAGUCUAAUGCCUGCAAUCAAUCAGUUAUUGCCCUUUAGUCAAGAUUUGAUGGGUAUUUUCUGCUUGUAGGAAAUGUUUACAAUAGUUCUUAAUGAUACUUAGUUGAGAAAAAAAAGGAUGUUUUACAGACACAAGGUGGUGCAAUUAUACAAAACUAGUCUUUGUUUUAAAAGAUUUUUGUUUUUUGUAGGAUCAUCGGAAAUGUUUGCAUGUUAUAGCAGGUGGUUUUAAAGGAAAACCAGUAUCAUUGUACUUAUGUCCUUACAUUUCUCAGAGGCGUGAGUAUUCCUAAGAUAAAGUUAAGUAUAUACAGCAGUUUCUAGGCUGCUUCCAUUCCUGCAGAUGUCAGACAUUAACCAUCAGUUCUCAAAGAUUUAAAGACAAUAUCUAUUUUUCCUUCCUUUAUUCACCAGAAGAUAACAGAUCUGUUACCAGGGUUUUGAUUUUAGGAAAAGGCAAAUCAAAUGGGUGGAUUUUGUAGUUAAUGGUAUAAUGGAAAGCCCAUCUAGAAAGAUUUGAGUAUGUGUUAGCCGGCUUUGAUUUGUUUCUGCAUUAUGUUCAAAUGUAGUGAGACCCCCUAGUAACUUUUUCAAUGUCAUGUUCUGGGUUGAGUUCCUAGAAGGCAAUGCUGGUGACUUACUGCUUAGGAUCCACUAGUGUGUAGAUACCUCCAUUGCAGAAGUACAAAAAAUAACAAUAAGUGUUAUAAGAAGGCUUUGAAAACCAGAAUUAACUUGCGCAUGAAACUUCAACUAAACUGACUUCUCAGUUAAUAACAUGGUUCACCACUGAAGUGUGCUUUUAGCAGUCUGUCUGCUAAGGAGAGGAGCAGCUGUGUCUUGUACAGAGCUUGAAGUUAAUGUUGCUUCAGGUUUUGUUGGUUUGUUGAUAAAUAACUGCAAUAAAUACCGCAGGACUUUAUAAAUGUCAGGUAUGUGUUUAAGCUUGGCUCAGAGGUGAGAAGUAGGGUGUUAUAAACUGUGAGGUUAGCUUGGUUUUGGGGAAGAAGUUUCUAAUCAGACAAUUUCUUAAGUAUUGUCUUUGCUACUGCUCAGAGUAUUUCAUCUUCUUGCAAUUGGUAGAUGGUUUUCCUUCUGUCAGUUUUGUAAAAAAAAAAAAAAAAGUUCUCCAAGAAGAUCAGGAAUUAGCCAUAGCAGUCAUUUCAUUUGGUAUAUCUGUCUCAGAACUAUUCUGUCAGAAGUAUGUAAUUUCUUGGAAAUGUUAGACUUACAUUCAUAACAGUAUGUGGUGAAACCCUGGCCCUGUUACGAAAAUUAUAACCUAAGACUCAGCCUCUCAGAAUUGUGUGAAUAUAAGCGAUCACUAAGUGGUUUUUGUUCUGCAAGGUUUUCCUUUGCUGCCACACUGGAAGAGAGGAAUGGUAUUUUUUGCCUGUGUGAGGGCAGAGAGAUGCACUUUAAAACCAAGUGACUGUCUCAUUCUUUUCUCUUCCCCCUGCAAUACUACUACAUUGUACAUUGUCCUGAAUCUUUAGUCACAUGGAGUCCUAUGUGAGUAAAAGACACUAGCCAGGUGCUGGGAUAUAAUUAAGGACAGAGAUGUUAAGAUCAAUGAGAAAUGACACAGAAAUAUGUCAUGAGCACAUGGGAAAAAAUUGGUGUUGCAGUUAAUUACAUACAAUAGAAAGACACUGUUAUUCUAUAAGCUGAAAAUCAAGCAUAGGAGUAUGAGUGCUUUUUUCUAUACAGCAUAUAUAUAUGUGCACAACUGACGUCUUCUAACCGUCACAGAGUUAAAUGUAUAUUUUAAUGAAAAUUUCUGAAUAUAAUUAUAAAAGCUACCGAAUUAUCACCCUCUCUGCAGGUAUGUCUUCUGUGUUCUGUGUACUUAACAAGUAGCCAAUACCACAAGCCUAGUUGAAAUGUUUAAAUUGCUCAGGACAAGUUGCAGGUUUUAUAGUUGUGAAAUAAAUAUACUUAAAGGUGUGCUGAGCGCACAGAUCUUUCAUUAGCUGUGACUAGCUGAAAAUGCGAGGCCACAAGUGAGACAAGAAUGUCCCUGGGUCAAUAAGCCCUAUUUCCCCCAGUCUUGCUCCCAGCAGUAGCUAGCAGUGAUAUUAAGAGAGAGCCUAAAAGCAGGGUAAGUUCAUGGUGGUAUGUAUUCUGGGAUAUAGUCCCAAGCAGCCUGCAAUGUGAGGAAUUCUUGGGAUAGGGUACAUGGAAAUGCCUUUCUAGCUACAGCUAGUUAGCCUUGCUUUUGCGGUUCUGUAGUACCAAAUAUCUGAGCCAUGUGUCUUGAAAGCUGUCAGGUAGUGUUUAUCUAUGCAUUUUCACUUAACUACUAAAUUAUUUUAAAUUGAUAAAUUAAUAUUUUUGUGAUUAAUUAGUUUGUGUAAGCUUCUGGAUAUUUGUGCAUAACACCUUGACACAGGAUAUCAAAGUGCCUAACACAGGUUCAGAAUUAUUUAAAUAUUCAUGCAUUUUCUAGACAUAUUGGCUAUCCAGUGUGACACAUGUAGAAGGUUUCACCACUUCAAGCUGUUUCAGGUGAUUUUAAACUCUUGUCGUGGCAGCUCAGCAUUUCUCCCUUCCUGUGUCCUAAAGAUGAUUUGGGAGAUGAUGGAAUGUCAGACUCCAAAACAUUAUAUACUGUGUGAGAGAAAUUGCAUUGCAAAACUUUGGCCUAAUACCUGACAACAUUUCUAAGAACUUCUUUAGUUUUUCUGUGGACAUCACUGCUUUUUAUUAUCAGAUCUGCAGUUAACAAGUAUGGUGGUAAUACUGCUGGCACAGAAGCAUCAGAUGUUCUGCAUUUAUGCUUUUUUCCACAUAAUCAUGUUUAAAAAAAAAAAAAUCAUUCUUGCCAAAGCUACUGACAUCUGUGGAACCAAGACAUCUUGUAGUGUCCUGGUUGCUUAGAACCCACAUACAUAUUUGUAUGUAGUCCUUUACUAGUUAAGAUUGCAGGAAAAGAAACAGGCAUGAGAAGUGCUGCUUUUCUCAAUGCUAGAAAUAGCCAGUUGCUCUGAAGUGGUGCCAUGUAAACAGAUUAGUAUUAAUAAAUAAGAGCUAUUGUACUUAGUUCAAAUUAAUGGUUUCAGCAUAUCUUGGGAAAAAAAAAAAGGGCAAAACAACAAACUGUGAGAGAUGACUUGUAGCUCCCCAAAAAUAAGGAUGAGAAACAAGACUUGAUAAAGAUAAGGGAUGGGGUGGGAGGAGGCCCUCUGAGUGGAGGAAUGCCUCAAACACAGGUAAGGAAACUCCAGUCACGGGGUGGGUAAUGGGGAGGCUGGAGCUGGUGGGGCUGCCUGGCUGGCACCAGGCGCGGCUGGGGAGGGAGCCCUGUGGAGACAGGAUGGUUCUGCUCUGGUGCAUCUGGUAAAGUUUCAAGGGCCAUGUGUCCAGUGAAUGACCUUUGCUUCAUUAUCCACAAAAUGCAUAUUGAAGGUGACUGAUGCAUAUGCUAAUGAAGAUUAACAAGAUCAUGCUACUUAUAUCAUCCCAUGAAGGACCUUAACCCCUCCCUAUACAUGUGACGUGGAUAGAUAGGUCGACUUAGGGGAGGGACCCAAGGAAAGUAUAAAUUGAGGGGGUGAGGAUAGAAGAGAAGCAAAGAGGAGGAAAUGAAGAAGAUGGAUGCAGCCAUGACAAACUGAGACAGGACCAACGCAGAAAGCUGGACCAGUGAUCACUCUUCUUUUUCCCUUAUUAUCAUUAGGUAACAGAAGACAUACUAUAUUGCUUGCCAUAACUUGAUAUGUACUUAGCCAAUUAUAAUGUAUCCAACUAGCACACUGCAGGAAAUUAAUAAAUGUCUGGACUUUUGGGACUGGUCUCACUAUUGUCCAAUCCAUUGGGGAUUUAAGAAUCUAAAUCACUUGUCUCCCUCUUCUGAGCGGGAUGUAACACAAACCAAAUACAAAGCACAAGAGUGACCUGUAUAGAUUCCUUUAGUGUUUUGGUUUGGUUUUGUUUUUUUGUUUUUGGUUUUUUUUGUUGUUGUUGUUGUUUGGUUGGUUGGGGUUUUUUUGUUUUACAUAAGCUAUGAAGCCUUUGUUUAUUAAUACAUGUUCUUUCUCUAAAUGGAUGCAAUCAUUGGGCUAGGUGGAACCUCCAGGAGUCUAUGGUUCAUUUUUCUCCUCAGAACAUCAUCAUUGCUCCUGCACAUUUGUUUAAAGACUCCACAACCCCAUUAGGCAAUUUAUUCUAGGAGUUCUUUACCCCUAGAAAGUAUUUUCUGAUGUAAUUUCCUGACUUUAGAAACAAUAUCCACAAUGGGCCUACUGACCAUACUUUGGUUCUUGUCCAAAAUUUGUAACUAAGCUACUUGUAAAUACUGUAAGUUUAAAAUGUUUUUACAUUAAAUUAAAAAAAUCUCUGAAGGCAAA